GGAGUGGUUACCCUUGUGUAAUCUCACAGGUGUUGGUAUCUGUUGCCAAAUACUGAAAGAGAAGCUGGCUCCAGCUGAUCACCAUAAAAGCAUUCCUAGCACUCGGCUUCGCAGAAGAAGCAGGGCGACCUGAUCAGCAUGCUAAGAGAAUGAGUGCAGGAGCUGUUGCCCGAGUAAGCGAGGCAUCUGAUAGAGUGACUGCCAAAAGCCACAGUGACCUGUGCACAGGGAAAGCCCUGGUCUGCGCUUGGAUCCUGGAGUCACAGCCCUGUCACAGCUCAGAAGGCUCCCAGUCACCGGAGCAGCCCGCAGGGAAUGACAGCAUGUCGGCGUUCUGGCUGUGGUCCGCCCUGCUGCCUCUGCUGGCUUUUCUCUGCCCUCCAAGUUCAUCGUGCGGCCUUUCGACACACAUAGAAAUAGGACACAGAGCUCUGGAGUUUCUUCAGCUCCCACGUGGACAUGUUGACUACAAAGAGCUGUUAAGAGAACACCAAGAUGCAUAUCAGGCUGGGGCCGUGUUUCCUGAUGCUUUUUACUCUAGCUUCUGCAAAUUAGGAAAAUUCCAUGAUGUGUCGGAGAGCACACACUGGACGCCGUUCCUCAAUGCAAGCAUCCAUUACAUCCGGGAGAACUUUCCCCUUCCUUGGGAGAAGAACACCGAGAAGCUGGUGGCCUUCGUGUUUGGAAUCGCCUCUCAUAUGGUGGCAGAUGUGAGCUGGCACAGCCUGGGCAUUGAACAGGGCUUCCUCAGGACCAUGGGGGCUAUUGAUUUUCAUGGUUCCUAUUCUGAGGCCCAUUCAGCUGGUGAUUUUGGAGGUGAUGUGGUGAGCCAGUUUGAAUUUAAUUUUAACUACCUUGCUCGGCGCUGGUAUGUGCCUGUCAAAGAUCUACUGGGCAUCUAUGAGAAACUCUAUGAUCGAAAAGCCAUCACUGAAAAUAUAAUCGUUGAGUGUUCAUACCUUCAGUUCUUGGAAAUGUAUGGAGAGAUGUUAGCUGUUUCCAAGCUAUAUUUCACCUACUCCACAAAGUCCCCAUUUUUGGUGGAACAUUUCCAAGAGUAUUUCCUUGGAGGACUGGAUGAUAUGGCAUUCUGGUCCACAAAUAUAUACCGUCUGGUGAGCUUCAUGCUAGAGAAUGGUACCAGCAACUGCGACCUUCCCGAGAACCCUCUGUUCAUUGCAUGUGGCGGCCAGCGAAACAACAGCCACAGGAUUCCGUAACCUUUCUGUACCAGAAUUUGGAAAGGAACCUACGGACCAUGUUUAUGGGCAGCUCCCAGCAUUCCCUAAAGCAUGUCUCCACGCCUGCAGCAUCUUACUUCCUGUCCCGGCCCUAUGCUAGACUUGGUUGGGCCAUGGCUUCAGCAGACCUCAACCAAGAUGGGCACGGUGACCUUGUGGUGGGCGCACCAGGCUAUAGCCGCCCUGGCCACUUCCAGGUCGGGCGUGUGUACCUGAUCUACGGCAGUGAUGAGGGCCUGCCUCCCAUCGACCUGGACCUGGAUGAGGAGGUGCAUGCAGUCCUGGAGGGCUCCCAGCCCUCAGGUCGCUUUGGCUCGGCCGUGGCUGUGCUGGACUUUAACAAGGACGGGGUGCCUGACCUGGCUGUGGGAGCGCCCUCGGUGGGCUCUGAGCAGCUCACAUACACAGGCGCGGUGUAUGUCUACUUUGGUUCCAAACAAGGAGGACUGUCUUCUUCCCCUGACAUCACCAUCUCCUGCCAGGAUGUCUACUGUAACUUGGGCUGGACACUCCUGGCCACAGACGUGAACGGAGACAGCGAGCCCGACCUGGUGAUUGGCUCGCCUUUUGCACCAGGUGGAGGGAAGCAGAAAGGCAUGGUGGCUGCGUUUUAUUCUGGCGCCCACUGGAGGAACAAAGGAGAGCUGAACGUGGAGGCGGCUGACUGGCUGGUAAGAGGCGAGGAGGACUUCGCCUGGUUUGGCUACUCCCUUCACGGCGUCACAGUGAACAAUAGCACCUUGCUGCUGGUGGGGAGCCCGACCUGGCAGAAUGUCAGCAGGUCAAGCCACUCGCUUCACAGGCACAGGGACGCCCAGAGCCUUGGCAAGGUGUACGGCUACUUCCCGCCCAGCUCUCAGAGUGGGUUUGCCAUUGCUGGGGACAAGGCAAUGGGGAAACUGGGCACUUCCCUGUCAAGCGGCCACAUCAUGAUGAACGGGACUUUGACCCAAGUGCUGCUGGUUGGGGCCCCGACUCGAGAUGACAAGUCUAAGAUGGCCUUCCUGACCAUGACCCUGCACCAAGGGGGGAACAUGCGGAUGUACGCGCUGACGCAGGAUGUGCAGCCUGCCCUGCUCAGCACCUUCAGCGGGGACCGCCGCUUCUCGCGCUUUGGCGGAGUUCUGCACCUCAGCGACCUGGACAAUGAUGGUGUAGAUGAAAUUAUCAUGGCAGCCCCUCUGAGGAUCACAGAUGUAACCUCUGGACUGCUUGGGGGAGAAGAUGGGCGAGUUUACAUAUACAACGGCAAACACACCUCUCUUGGUGACGUGACAGGCAAAUGCAAAUCAUGGAUAACGCCGUGUCCAGAAGAAAAGGCCCAAUAUGUAGUAAUUUCUCCUGAAGCAAGUUCAAGGUUCGGGAGUUCCCUGAUCUCUGUGAGGUCAAAGGAGAAGAAUCAAGUUGUCAUUGCUGCUGGAAGGAGUUCUUUGGGAGCCCGGCUCUCUGGGGCACUGCAUGUCUACAGCCUCAGCUAGAGUUCAUUCCACUUGCUCCCCUGCCCCUCAUCUCCUGCCAAGUUGUCGCCAGGGUGAGCGUUCUGUCAGAUAAGCUGGCACAUCCAGCGGAGCCAGGGUGGGCUCCUGGAAGGAGACUCGCAGUCGCUGGAAAUAAAUGACUCCACGGGAAGUUUGUGAAACAGCA